GAGGAGGAAUCCAUGUGAAGGGGGAGGCGCCCGAGCGAGGCGAGCUGCACGACUGCUGGCCGAAUUCAACAAUUAACCUUGAUGAACACAGAUUGGUUUCACUUAACAGGCGCAGGUGCGUGGAGUUUGCGAUCCGGCGCAGCUGAGCGACCCCACGUUCAUGGCUGUGUACACUGACGCAUUUGAUGCCAAACACAGAAACUACACGGAGAGAGGAUAUUGCAGCUGAUGUGUGUGUAUGUGUGUGCUUUUCUCGACGGGACAGGAUACACGUUGCAAUGGGAGCCCGUCCGACACCCUUCCUCUUGCAGAAUUCAGGAGCAUCGCUGAAUUGAUUUUAAUUUGGUGAAUUUGACCGCCUUGUCAUUGCCCAGCCCACCGGUCCCAGCAGCUGAAAGGCAUCUUCGGAGACGAGCAAAAGGGGGGAGAAACUGUCCGCUCCACUACUCUCCAUCUGCGCCCUGGACGGCUUGAAAUGAGGAGCACAUCCCGGCUGUGUUCCGUGUGAAGAAGGCAAGCGGGGCGGCAGUUUUUUUGGCUUUCAAGGACGCAAAGAAAGUGGCCACCGGCCGAGCUGAGAAGCAUGGAGCGGGACGACACCGACACCGUGAGCGCGUCCAAAAAGACAAUAAUCUCGAAGAUAUUUAAAGUUCGUAAGAGGAGGGAGAUGCUUUUCGUUCAGGUGUGCUUUAUCUGCAGUGCCCUUUUCCUGGCGUGGGGCAUGUCGGCGCUGUUGACCAAGACAGGCCAUGGGAUGAUCGUGGAGGGACAUCCGAACCUCGAACACUGGGGAAGACGGCUAAUGGCCUCAGUUCCAGACAAUGAAACGGAGCAGAAGAACUGUUCAGCACCAGCGGUACACGAGUUCCCCAGUGACCUUUUCACCACUGAUGAACGCAGAAAGGGGGCCAUUGCACUUCACAUCUUGGCGGCUCUCUACAUGUUUCUCGCCCUCGCCAUCGUAUGCGACGAAUACUUUGUGACAGCGCUGGAGAAAAUCUGUGAGAAACUAGAUCUGAGUGAAGAUGUUGCAGGAGCCACCUUCAUGGCAGCUGGCAGCUCUGCACCAGAGCUUUUUGCAUCCGUCAUUGGUGUCUUCAUCACCCAUGGCGAUGUGGGGGUGGGGACCAUCGUUGGCUCGGCCGUCUUCAACAUCCUUUGCAUCAUUGGUGUCUGCGGCAUCUUCGCUGGACAGGUGGUGAUCCUGACCUGGUGGGCAGUUUUCAGGGAUUCCACCUACUACAUCCUGUCUGUUUUGGCUUUAAUUGCAUUCAUCUAUGACGAGAAGAUAGUUUGGUGGGAGAGUUUGAUACUGGUGCUCAUGUACAUGGGAUACAUCCUCGUCAUGAAAUUCAACUCCAGCAUGCAGAGAUUUUUCACGGGUGCAAAGUCGAAGAAGAACGUGGCCAACGGUAACGCUGCGGCCAGCAGCGAGAUGGAGGACGGUAAUACUAGUUAUGACUAUGUUGUGGAUGACGACCCGUCAUUGCCAUUGCUCUCACCAGUCAAGCCCACCAAGGAAUACAGCCGUGGGUCGGUGGUCAUGGUGGACGAGAUCAUGCACGACAGCCCUUCAAAGUUCAGGUUUCCAGAAGCGGGCCUCCGUGUCAUGGUCACCAGCCAUUUUGGACCCAAAACCCGUCUGCGCAUGGCCAGCCGCCUCAUCAUUACAGAGCGCCAGAAGUUGGUCCAAGCUGCCAAUGGUGUGGAGACACAAGUGAUCGACGGGAAGGUUGAGAUCGAGAACGGAAACGUGCCAGAGGACAAACCCACAGAGGAGCCGGAAAACAUAACCAUCUCACCGUUUCAUAUCCCACGGGGUAUUGGCAGCAGGUUGAAGUGGCUGAUCUCGUGGCCUCUGCUGCUCAUGCUGUUCGUAACCGUCCCAAACUGUGCCAAGCCUCGCUGGGAGAAAUUCUUCAUGCUCUCCUUCUUCUUGGCCACCGUCUGGAUCGCCGUCUUCUCCUACUUUAUGGUCUGGAUGGUGACUAUAAUCGGCUACACUCUGGGAAUCCCUGAUGUCAUCAUGGGCAUCACUUUCCUGGCAGCAGGCACCAGCGUCCCAGACUGCAUAGCCAGUCUCAUUGUCGCUCGGCAAGGUUUGGGAGACAUGGCGGUGUCCAACACUAUUGGCAGUAAUGUGUUUGAUAUUCUCGUGGGACUGGGGGCUCCCUGGGCGAUCCAGACCAUGUGUGUGAGCUAUGGAUCAGAGGUGAUGAUUAACAGUAAGGGCCUGUUGUACUCUGUGGUGCUUCUGCUGGGCUCUGUGGCCCUCACGGUGCUGGGGAUCCACGUGAACAAGUGGAGGCUGGACACGAAGCUGGGCAUUUACGUGCUGGUGUUGUACGCCAUCUUCCUCUGCUUCUCCGUCAUGAUCGAGUACAACGUGUUCACCUUCGUCAACCUGCCCAUGUGCAUGGAGGAGUAGAGUACUGCGCAGGAAUCGCAUACCAAAACCUCAACGCUCCCAUAGCAACCCAACAUUUUUUUUCUUUUCUUUCAAUGAUACUGGACCUAUCUGCAGACUCCUUUCCUUCUCCCAAAUAUGAAUCUCAUUUCCUAAAGAGGCAGUUUAGCUGUAAGAGUGGACUCUAAUUUGACCUCUUGUCACACAGUGCCGGUCCUUAAUGCCCAUUUCUUCAGGCUUUGCCUGUUAUUGCAGUAAAAGUCUUUAUUUCCUCUUGUGCGCCUGCUAACUUUCUACCCAUCUAGCAUGCCUUUAGAUGUCGGGGAUCUCAGAAUCAUAAGUGCCCCUGUUGAUUGUCGGUGUGUGUGUUUUCACUGUUUUCACAUUGUAGAUUUCCACACACCAUUUCCAAAGCCUUUCCACAAACCAAACCAGAGUCUGUGAAGAAGAAAAAAAUCGUAUGAUUCCAACCAAAAUCCCCACAUAGACAGAACUCUCCUCGCUUUCUUCCUAAAACAAUUACAGUAACCCCGGCACCCAAAGAUAAAAUACACUCCUUUUUCUCCCCCCACGGAGGAGGGCUUUGUCCUCGGCAGCUCCCCCCCUCCUGGACCCAAAUACCCUGGCAUGGCCUUUGGCAUCAGGGAGCAAAUAGUGUUAGCGCUUCGAUCCCUCUCUGCUACUCUUCUCAACCUUCAUCUGCUUGAUCAAAUCUGCUUUGUUUUCUUAAAAAAAAAAGAUGACAUUUUGUCAGGACGCUUUGUGUCCAGAAAUAUCACAGUCCAGAUCAGAUGACUGUGAGGGUGUUAUGCAUAUGCAGCACUGCACAAAAACUUGUAAACACUUAUUUUAUAUUGUAUUUUUUUUUUUCAAACCAAGGUUUUGUCUCGUAUGAUGUGCGGAGGAGAGCUUGUUGCAAAUAUAGGACGUUGCCUGUUUUUCACUGAAACAAAUUGCACAUUGAAAAUGCUUUUCUUGCUUUGUGCUGUAAGGAGAUUUGACCACUCAGAGGGGUGUGUGGCUGCUGGUGGAGACUCCACUCCAGCGUUUAUUCAUUCAUCAAUGGGUCAGUCCACUUUUCCCUCUGCACAACUUCAGAAAAAAAAAACUGGCUCCAGAUCUGUGGAUGCAUUGGAUUUUCGUCAUCAUCAGGUGACUUGUGGUCAUCUGGAGACAGCCACAGCAUGGAGGUCAUUGUUUUACAGUAAAUGCAAAGAAACAAGGCGAUUCUCAACACUGACUGUCUGCUAUCACACCCUCUGGCCAGUAGGGGGUACCUCAGCCCCUCUACCCAGGGCGGGGGUGCCAUCCACAGCCGAAGGUUAUCAGGGAAACUCGGAGAUGGACAACUCCAGCAGAUGGCGAUGGUGUGGUCUCUUGAUUUUUGAGUUACAUGUAGAUAUUGCACUUUAACAGCCGUCCUCUCAUUCUGAAUCAACUAGUGCUUCCUUCUGUGCGUGUGUAUUUUCAGUGUAUAAGUGUGAGUGUGUGAGUGAGAGGAUUGUGUGUGUGUGUGAGUGAGAGAAUUGUGUGUGUGUGUGUGUGUGUGCGCGCUCAGUAUGGGCCCACGCUAUGUUUCCCACACCGGGCUCUCCACACUUGGGACGAACUGGAACCUCGUUAACACCAUGAGCACACCCGCCUCUGACUGCAGUGCAUGCUGGGACAUUACAUGCAGCUCCUCCACAGCGUCACUUCUGGGCAUCACCAUGGAUACCGCCCGACCCACUUUACAAAAAUCGGCAGCUACACUGCAAUCCAGACAUUUUGACAUCAUGCAAAAAUGCCCGUGAGGAGUCCACAAGUGCGGUGCAGAGACUAAACGAGCGUGUGGGGAGUGUUUUCAGUGUCGAAAUUAUUCCUGUGCCACACCGUUGGCAGCAGGCUCUUGUAUAUGCAAUCUCAAUUUAAAGAAUUCUAUGUGACAGAGGGCCCCUGCAAGGUUGCCAUAUAGAGACGGGGGAACCUCGCGGAGAUGUGACGUUGGUUUGUCUCGUAGUACUUGAUGUGUGAGCUCACAGGUGUGUGUUUAGUAAAAACUGAGGAACUGAGCCCAAAGGACAUUUCUGGAACUGUGGCUCUGAGGGAAGUCCUACACACACGCUCUCCUUCCCCCCCCCCUCUUUCUCCACUCUUGUCUCCUCCUGCACAAGGGCAUUAACUCUCCACUAACCCUAGCUGAAGGAGCAGCAGGGAAUGCAUGGAUGACUUUCCUCCACCGCCCUCGGGACGUUGUUAUUUUUGAAAGGACAUGGAUGAGAGCAGACUUAAAGGGACAAAAAAGAAAUGAUAAAAAAAAAAAAGGUUGCACCCCCUUAAGCUGCUACUCCAUCAGGGUUCAAACUGCUGUGUUUACUGGACGGAGUUGACCACACAGGGCCUACAGACUGCUCCACUAUGACAUCCUUCCUCCUCCUGAACCCUUACAGUGGGUCUUAUAUAAAAACAGGACCUACUUUUUGAUGCUUUUUCUGGGGAAGGAAUGUCCGUACUGUACUUGAAUUGAUUCAGAAUGUGCAGGGUUAUUUAUUUUGUGUAUAUUGUUGUUGCUCUGUGUGGUCAUGUCCCGGUUGCCAUGUUUGAGUGGCACAGCAGGGGGGAAACACUACUCUUUUGUCCUCAUCUUGAAACAGUUCUCACCGGUUGUCUGACGCGCAGCUUUGUUACCAAGUCACUUUUUUUUGGACGUGGGGGAAAAAAAAUAAUUAGUAUUCAGAUGCCAUUUUUGUCGUAGCUCUGCAUAAAUCCAGAUUGUAUAAAAAAAUCCUGUGUACGAAAUAAGCGCACACACUUUAGAACACACACGUUAGAAAUGGCAAUUGAACACAAGAGAGGACCGGUAUGUAUUUCUUGAUUGAAUGCGACCUGAUGCACUGUGAGCUCAAUGUGACGUGGGAGUUGUUUGUCAAGAAUAAUAAAUGAUUAAAAAAAUAUAUUUAAUGUAAAGUUAGUUACUAUAAAAACAUUACUGAGGACAUCUGUAUAACUUAUAUGAAUGUAUUGUCUUGCUAUACUGGACAUAUCCAACCAAUGCAUUUUACUGUAAAGCAAUAAUGUGAAGAAAAGAAAUAAAAUGGCAAAAAUAAUUCCUGUA